AUGAGCGAGUUUUCUGAUGAAGAAGAGUUGGAACGGCAAUUGGCAGCGCUCAACAUGAACAAUACGGCUGGAAAAGGUAAAUUAUUGUUAUUGUGUUACGUUUUUAGGUUUAAAAUCUAUCUUAUCUUCAAUAUUCUCGACAAAAUGAAUGAUGGAACAUGUGAAAAACGUUCUUACGUAGUUUAUGUCACGAUUUUAACUAUGUAUUAUUUGGUGUGGAGUAAUAUGUUAACAAUGUUUGUAAAAUAAUGUUUUAUGACAUGGUUUUUGUUAGAACUUUUUUCGAAAAUUAGAUACAGACUUUAAAUUUUUAGCAAAGCUAGUUUUUUAUGUUACUAAUGUAAUAAAGAAUGUUUUAAAAACUUUUGUAAUUUUAAAAGAAUGUUUUAAAAACGUUUGUAAUUAAUGUUAAACUAGGCUAAUUUUACUAGUUUUAGGUAAGAGGAAAAAAGGAAAAGCCAGUGAAACCAACGGCCAAUUACGAUGAUUUGGACUGUGACGAUGAUGAGCUAUUGGUAAGUGUCUUUUUACAGUUUUUACUAGGUUUUUAGUGUCUAUGUUUCAAUACCAGGCCGGUGAUAGAGAAGAUUAUGUUGUUUUUAAAAACCUUUGAAUGAUUCACUUCUUUUUAUGGAUUAUGUUGGGCGAUAAGAAUAAAUUCAGCAUUUAUUUUCGUGAAAACUUUUGGAAAGAUUCUUAUCUUCUUCGAAUUAUACAUAAAUAGUAAGGUUUUACAUAUUUUAGGCAGAACUGAAUGAGUUGAUCGGAGAAGAUGAACCCGUAUCCGCCAUGUUGCCAAAAAGAAGUGCUCAAAGUGCAGCAGGUAAAGUCUUUAAAAAGAUUUGCUGUUCAAAACCUUGAAUUGAAGAACUAAUGUCAAUGUCAUUACCUUGAAUUAUAUGAAUAAUAUCAUCUUUUUUAGAAGCUAGAUCAGCUUUUAACGAAAGAAGGAUUAGUAUGGAGCUAAGUGAAGCUGAAGAUGAGCCUGGAGGUGAAGAAGAAGCCGAAUUGGCAGCAUUAAUGGCUUCAGAUGCUAAGCCCAAGGUACAGCAAAUGACCGGUACUACACAAAGUUCAACUACAACUAGUACUCAGUCUAGAAGCAAUAUAACUUCUGAGGUUCCAAAGCCGAACCGGGCCCAAGCUGGAGCUGAUAUGGAGAGAGCAACACCCCCAGCAGUACCACAACAUCACGCAGUACAGAGUGGUACCAUUCAAAAUAGGCAAGACGAACCAAAUAGGACUGGUCAGGAGCAAGAACAAGAUCCAAAAGCUUUAGCAAAGAAGAUCAUCACAAGACGACUGGCCGCGUUUACAACUAAUGGUUUAGCGGCCAAUAAGGACGGAAAUUCACGGUAUGCGGCGGAAUGUGCUGAAAAUGUGCAAUUGUUUCAACAAGCCCUUCAGAUGUGUGACACCGCCGAUAUAACAAUGGCUGAUUUGGAAGGAAUCCCAAAAACUCCUCCUCCAUAUAAGGUAAGAUGAGUUUUUGAUGCGUGGUCUAAAAGUAGAUGAAAAAUGAUCAUAUAUCGAUGUUUUUGACAUUUGAAUAUAAAUAUUGUUCCAUUUUCUAGAGCAAAGCUCCAGCACCACUCCCGGCCUUCCCAACGGGUCCACUGUCUCUGGAGGACGAAUUGAACGCACGUUUGGCUAAAUUUAAAUGGCUAGCCGGAGACUUUGAAUCAAAAGGAGAAAACAUCAAAAUGAAAAUGAAUCAAAGGCUUGGAACUCAGAUCAGUUCAGCCCUGAUCCGGCUGAAGAAAGGGCAUCCCAUUCAGCCGGAGAAAUUGCCAGUACCACCUGGGUUCAGCGAGCUAAAACCAAUGGCAGAGUGGUCCCAAUUGACGAAUUCAACUCAAACUGCGCCUAAAAGUGCGCCGAAGACUGAGGAACAGAGUAGGUGAAAAAAUUUAUGUAUUUUGGUUUUGUAUUUUGAUUUUUGGUCUAAAUUUGUUUCUACCUAUACUUAUUUCUGGCCUGAAAAUUUAAUUUUCUUUAUUUUAAGCUAUUCCAAAUGAUCCAAAGCCAAAUGCGCCAAAGGCUGCAAUCCCGGGCGUUUCUGUGCAAACCGCCCCAAAACCGGUCGAUAAGCCAGUAGAAAAAGAAGAGCCGGAAGAUAUGAAGAAGGUUUUAGAAGAAAAACAGCAAAAAUUCAAGAAAGCGGCUUUAAUGUACAAGAAGAAUGGUGAUAUGCCGGCUGCUGCAAGAUGCCUUAAGGCUGCACGGGUAAGAGGCUGAAAAUUUUAGGGAAUAGUUGAAUUUUGGUCGAAAAUUCAUUAAAUAUUUAAAAUUUUUAUGGUAAAAAAUUUCAAAAAAAAUUUUUUAUUUAAAUUUUUUGAUUUUUAGUUAUGAUAAAUAGCUUUAAAAAAGCUUUUCAGGAGCUCGAAAAAGAAAUAAAACAAUUAUCAGCAAAGAAACCUCAUCCAGCAUCCUCCCCAAGCCAAACCGUCAGUUCAGCACUGCCAGCCGUUGUUACAGGUUAGUUUUGGCAUAAAAAUGACUGUUUUGAGUAUAAAUAGUUAUUAGGUUGUUCAAGUAAUUCUGUGCUCUUUUUCGAUUCAAUUUGUUGGGGUUAGAGGGCACAAGAUUAUUUGAACAAUCAAAUAUUUUUAAAAAAUUUUGUUUUAAUAAAUUUUUGUUUUCAGCGACAAGCGUAUCGCCAGCCUCAAUUCUACUACAGGAUUUGAAAAAGCAACUCGAAUUCGCCGUGAAAAUGCGAACCAAAUUGGCAGCGGCGAAACAAGCGACCUCGGUUCAAUUGUAUGAUCGACUGAUACAAAAGGUCCGCAUUGAUCUUCAAGUUUGCUCAAGAACGGCUCAAGGGAACGACGCUAAUGUGGCGUAGGUUAUUUUUUUGAAAAUUUUAGAACCUACUAAGCUUAUUUCUACUAUGUCUCAGUAUGCUAAGCCUAAGUCUGCUAGGCCUAAGUCUGCUAAGCCUAAGCUUGCUAAGCCUAAGUUUGCUAAGCCUAAGCCUGCUAAGCCUAAUUUUGCCAAGCCUAAGCUUGCUAAGCCUAAGCCUGCUAAGCCUAAGCCUGCUAAGCCUAAGCCUGCUAAGUUUAAGUCUGCUAAGCCUAAGCCUGCUAAGCCUAAGUUUGCUAAGCCUAAGCCUGCUAAGCCUAAGCCUGCUAAGCCUAAGCCUGCUAAGCCUAAGCCUGCUAAGCCUAAGCCUGCUAAGCCUAAGUCUGCUAAGCCUAAGCCUGCUAAGCCUAAGUUUGCUAAGCCUAAGCCUGCUAUGCCUAAUUUGCUAAGCUUAAGCUUCCUAAGCCUAAGCCUGCUAAGCCUGCUAAGCCUAAGCCUGCUAAGCCUAAGCCUGCUAAGCCUAAGCUUCUAAGCCUAGUAAUAAUGAGCGUAAGCGUAUUUCUAUCAAGCGUGUUACAUAAACAUAGUAAAAAUUUGCGCGGUGUUACCUAAUCUUUUGAUAUAACAAGAUAGCCUUAGAGAAAUUGCAAGAAAUCGUAUUGCGCAACUUUUUCUUACAUAAUUUUUAUGGUUUAUAUAAUAUUUGCCUCGGUGUAAAACGUCCCAACAAAUUACUGCGAGUACGGCAAUUUUACUCGGGAUGUUUUCGAGGCAUUUGGUCAUUAUUGUCUGCCUUUUUUAUUCUAUACUGCCACUUUGUACAUGAUGUGAUAAUUUUUUUCAGUUUUAAAGCGACAGAAAUGCGGCUUCCGUUCCUUGAAGCCAAUUUGGACGUUCCAACCGACGUUCUGGAGCUGAAAAUCGACAGGAUUGAGAGUUUGAAGUUGCCUGACGGGUGGAAGGAAUCAGAUGCCAGCACUUUUGUAACAUACGAAUUCCCAUUUCCUCACGAUGCACGACAAAAAGGCAAAACAGCAACGGUUUAUGGUACAAUAGAGCCGAGUAGGUUGCUUAGGGACGGGAAAUUUAAGGCAAUCUGAAUUAUUAUUUGGUUUUUAGGCCUAAAAAUGUUGAGGAAAAUAUUUUUUUUAAUUAAAAAAUUUUUUUAAUUUUGUAAUUUUUUUUAAUUUCAGCAUUUGACGAAGUGUUCCAACUCCAAAUCAACCGAAAAGGCAAACAACUUCAGCGAAUCCUCUGUAGAUACCCAAUGAAAUUGAAUGUAUUCCAAAAAGGAGGCUUCUUAAGGUCGGACAAGCCUUGCGGGGAAGUGGAUGUUGUUCUAGAUGCACUAGACGAAGCAGCUAGUUUCAGCGACAGCAGGGAUUUGCUACUGGGAAGACGAAAAACUGGAGGGAAAUUGAGCUUUUCGGUAAGUUUUUUUGAGGUUUUAGGCUUAUCUAUUGGAGGUUUAGGUUUGUUUUAAAAUUUUAGGCUUAUUACUAAAGUUUGGGCUUAUUACUAGGUGCCGACAUAAAGAACCCGCCAUUUUUUGCAGUAAACUACAGGAAAAGUAUGGUGGGUUCUUUUUGUCGGCAACUAAUAUGAAAGUUUAGGCUUACUAAGUCAAUUUAGGCUUGCAUUUUGUCUUUUAGGCUUAAAUUAAGUUUUGUAAGCUUUUUUUUAAAUUCAGACAAGUUUAAAGAAUAUGACGUUCAUCUUUUAGGUAAGAAUCCAAAAACCGAUAAAUGAGAAGAAAAUGCUGACUAUCAAGCCACAAGCUUGGACUUGCCUCGUCAAUCAAGCCUAA